AUGAGCUGCACCAUGGACCUGGAGCAGAGCCAUACAUUGGAUGAGCUCCUGCAGGGCUGCAUCGAUGCCUUCGACGCGCAGGGGAAGGUUCGGGACCCGCAGCUCGUGCGGCUGUUCCUGAUGCUGCACCCCUGGUACAUGCCCCCCUCCGAGCUGGCGGCCAAGCUCCUGAGCCGAUAUCCUUGGGCGCAGGACUACCGCAGCUUCGCCCGCAGCGGAGGCGCCGCCUGCAGUCCCGCCAUGCACCGCGCGGUGGCGCUGACCAAUCGGGAGUCCCGAUGGGCGCAGCUGCUGGUGCUGGGGCCCUGCGCGGCCCCGCAGCGCGCAUGCGCCGUGGUCCGGCUGCUGCGGCUGGGACAGAGCCUGCUGGAGCUGCGGAACUUCAAUUCUCUGCUGUCCGUGGUUGGGGGGCUGGGGCACUGCUCCAUCACCCGCCUGCACCAGACCCUGGCGCUGCUGCCCCCCCCCAUCACACAGCUCUGGUCUCACCUGGCCGAGGCCGUGGGUGCUGGGGGCAAUCACCGCGGGUACCGGACGCUGCUGGCUGGGGGGGGGGUCUCGGUGCCGGCACUGGGGGUGCACCUACGGGACCUGGUGGCACUGGAGGCGGCGCUGCCGGACUGGGCCUCACCGGGACGGCCUCACCCCCAUAAGCUCCAGCAGCUCAACCGGAUCCUCAGUGUGCUCAGUGGGGUCGAGGCCACUGUGGGAGGCGAGGACAGAGGCCUCCUGCGGCUGUUGAGGGUGUCCCUGGCACUGGGUCCAACUGAGGCUCAGCUCUAUGAGCUGUCCCUGCAGCGCGAGCCCCGAACCAGCGGCAGCUGGCUCCUGCCCGAGCCCCCCCGCCCGGACCCGGAGCGGCUGCGGCCGCAGCUCGAGCGCCUCGUGGAGGGCAUCUUCAGGGACUUCGACGUGGACGGGGACGGGAGGAUCUCGCGAGAGGAGUUCGCGAUCGUGGGACAGAGCUUCCCACAGCUGCGGAUCUGGGGGGAGCUGGACACGGACGGGGACGGGAGCCUGAGCCGUGAGGAGCUCCUGGCCUAUUUCCUGCGCUGCAGCUUGGGGCCCCCCCCGGGCCCCCCCCAUAGCUUCGUGGGCAGCUCCCCCCUGCGCCCCAUUGCCUGCAGCCACUGCGGCCGCACGAUUUGGGGUCUCCACAGACCGGGCUUGAAGUGCCGCAUCUGUGGUCUCCGCUGUCACACCUCCUGCCGGUCCUUGCUCCUUGCCCGUUGUCGACCCCGCGGCUGCAGCGUCACCGGCGACCCCCCCGCCCCCCCCCCCCACCGGUGA